AUCAUCAUCAGGAGCAUCUGAACCCAGACAGUUUGUUUACAUUUUCUCAUGUGAAUUUCUUGCACUACAAAGCAUAAAAAAACACCAGAUUAACAAUAGAAUCAAGAAAAGACAACAGUAUAUAUAAAUCUUACGGAAAAGUACCUAGAAUUCGAGACAAUACCUGCCCCCAUAUAGUAUUUGUGUGUGUCAUUGAAUAUAGUGUUUUGCGAAACCGCCGCCUCUCGCCACCCGCUGCUCCACGCCGCUCCAAGACACUCUAGUUUACCUGGAGGGACAAAGAGCAACACAGAUAAACAAAUAGAGACUCAGGAACAAUGGGUCUUCACAGCAUCCUCAAAAAGUUGAAACAGAAGGAACAUGAAGUCCGUCUGCUUAUGCUUGGCCUGGACAAUGCUGGGAAGACAACAGUGGUGAAGAGAUUCUGUGGCGAGGACAUCAGCACCAUCUCCCCUACAUAUGGCUUCAACAUCAAGACUGUUGAGCAUGUUGUUGAUAAAUAUGAGUACAAGCUGAAUAUCUGGGAUGUUGGUGGCCAGUCCUCCCUCCGGUCCUACUGGCGGAACUAUUUUGAGUGCACUGAUGGCCUCAUCUGGGUGGUGGACAGUGCUGAUGUAGACCGCAUGAGAGACUGUCAGGGGGAACUGAAGAAACUGCUUGAGGAGGAGAGGUUAGCAGGAGCAACUCUUCUGGUAUUUGCCAAUAAGCAAGAUCUCCCAGAAGCAGUGUCUUCAGAGCAAAUUAGAGAUAUUCUGGACCUAAACAGCCUCAAGACCCACCAUUGGUACAUUCUUCCUUGCAGUGCCGUCACUGGGGACAACCUUGUUGCUGGAAUUGACUGGCUGGUAAGAGAUAUUGCUGCUAGAAUAUUCACUCUUGAGUAAACCUGUUACUGUUUCACCUUUGAAUUGUUCUUAGGCAUAUUUGAGAUUCUUGAAAAAAGUAAAACUUAUGUAUUAAAAUUUUUUAUAUCUUUAUCUGUUUUUGUUUGCUUUUAUGAACUGACUAAUAAACUUUUUCAAUCUUUGUCAAAAGACCUGUGGAGCACAAAGACAUAAAAUGAAGGAUUUUUAGAACCAUCAUUUCUUUGUUACUAAUCAUAUUUUUAAAAGUGAUGAGGUGGUGUAUGUCUUGUUUGUCUGUCUAUGUGUUGCCUUUUUUCAUGUGGUUAUCAGUGAUAAAUUAUAGAAUAUGCAGUAUGGGAGCACUGUAUUUAGAUGGAUGACUGUUUGGACUGAAGUUGUGACAAGGAAACACCUCAGGAUCUUGUAAUUUUCUUAAUGAGAGCUACUUUGAAGACUACAAAUGAAGAAUGUAUACUACAAUAUUCUAAUUUAAACUAGAUGUGGGAAAACUUUCACAUCAUUUAUGAAUUCAUGACUGUAUUCCAUUCAGCUCUUGUGCAAAAUCAAUCUUUCUUGCUUCACAUACAUUCCUCAUACAUCUAUUGCACUCAUUAUUUCAUCUAUCAAUCUUAUUCCUGGUUUUCACCUUUGCUUUACAACUUUAAGAUCACAUCCAGUUAUCUUUUCACCUAUCAUUAUUUUUUUUUCUAUUCUUUCUACAUAUUUGAAUCAUCACAUUACUUCUUGCACUACUUGACCUGGUAACUGUUCCAACAACAGUUCUAUUCUGCACUUCCUUACUUAUCACUCUAUUUAUCUCAGGCACUUUGUCUCCAUUGUAUUUGAUCUUUUCUUUCUUGUUCUCAUAUUCUAAGUUUCAGCAUCAUUAAUGAGGCUGAUAUCAAUAGUCCAUUAUACAAGCUUCACCUCCUGGUGAUCUCACAGAAGAAUCUGUAGGAAUUAUGCUUUGAGAAAUGAACAUUAUGUAUUGGCUGAAUAUAUCAGUGGAAUAGGGAAUUAGAGUUGAAUGUUUGUUGGGAAGAUAGUGAGAACAAAACUGAAGGAUUAAGUGAAAGAGUGAGACCAUUUGUCUGAAGUAUGAAUAACUAAGAAAAGUUUGGGAAGGAAGUCCAUUUCACAAAUUUGUGAAGUUGAAAAUAACAUAAUGCCAGGAGAGGCAUGACUGUUAACCUUUCUGUCAUAAUCAAUUCUUGGGAAACAUUUCGAGAGAGAAUGAAGACAUGUAUGACUUCAUAUAUGUUAGAUUAAAAUGAUUUGUGGAACUUUUCUUAUUGGUUUUGUGAUUUUAAGCCUUAAUUUUUUUAUCACUCUAAGUUGUACAUCAUGAGCAUGUGAUAUUAAUAAUUUUUGUGAAUUUGAAGUUUCAUUAAUGAGCACAAACCUCCAUCACUAAUAAUAGUCUAAAAAGUUUUUAAACUUGACUUGUAACUCAAAUAACCUUUUCAGGUUAUUAUGAUGUAUGUAUUAGUUUCAUGUUAUGUUAAUUUUGUGAGAGAAGCAAAAGAUUAAGUAGAUUUUAUUACAGUUGUAUAGUAGUUUUAAAAGAUUAAUUCUAUUAUUUGAGCAUGUCACUGAUGUAUAUACUUUUUUAUUUGGUUGAUUAUUAUAUUUAAUGCUAAAUGCUUUAAAUAAAGGGAAUGUG